UGCACAUGCAAGGGUCUAGGUAAAGAAAAAAAACCUACCUCUUCUAAACAAAAUGCAGAAUUUAAAAUAUUCUCAAAGUACUGGCCUGGUGAAUUUUGAGACGUUUCAGUGGAUCUACAGGAUUAUUUUACAUGCCACGCUGCUUGUGAAGUGUUGCACUGAAGCCCACGUGACAGUUGACCCACCUUCCAACCUGGAAAUAUAUGAUCCUGGAUAUUUGGGAAUGUUGGAUAUUUCCUGGCAUGCUACAGAGAAAAAAGGCGACUGCACAGUUACUUAUGAAUUACAUUACCAGAAUGGAGCUGGAAAUAGAUGGAAAUCUAUUAGAACAAAACAUCUUAAGCACAGAGCAGCAUUUAAUCUCAGCAACGAAAUUAUAGUCAAAAUCAGGACCCAACUAAAAGGACCCUGUACAAACGAAUCUCAGAUCUGGAGCGAUUGGACGGAAGCAAAUUAUUCUGUCCCGAUAACAGGAACCCCUGAAUCAAAAAUUGGACAUUUUCAGUGCAUUUACUAUAACUGGGAGAUGCUGAAAUGUAUGUGGAGUCCAGGGAAACUGGAUGACCUUAACAGUAAUUAUGAACUGCAGUACUGGCAUAAAGGAUUACGACACAAAAUGGUCUGUGACUCUUACCUGAGCUCCCAUGGGAUCAAUAAUGGAUGUGUUUUUCAAAGUGACCAACUGGAACAUUAUACGGACUUUUUUGUUUUAGUUACUGGAUCUGCUGGGUCAAUUCCGAUAAGGCCAUCAUACUUUGUAUUUCAGCUCCAAGACAUAGUUAAACCUGCAGCCCCUGAAGAGCUAUCUGUCUUUAAGACUGAGUUGAAUGAGAUGCUCCUAGAAUGGAAACUUCCUGAGGGAACAGUACCUUUGAGAUGUUUGAUAUUUGAGAUUCAGUACAAAGAAGAAAAUAAUAUAUGGAAGACCGAGCCCGAGCAAAGAGAAACAGAGAGUGUCAUCUAUAAAUCAAAUGCCAGCAAUCUAUUUUGUGCACGUGUUAGAGGAAAAGUUAACAUCUUUUGCGCGGCUGAUGGCUUUUGGAGUGACUGGAGCCCUGAAAUCUGCUGGAAAGCAACAUUUGCAAAGCAAGGGCUCUAUAUAUUUGGAGGCUGCAUCGCAGUACUGACAGCUUGUGCCAUUGCCGCAGCAUUGGCGGUUAGGAAUAAAAGACAUUUUUCAAAGAAGCUGCAGCAUAAGGCCAAAGAAUUCGUAUUGGACAUGGAUGGAUCUACGAGGCUGAACUGAUAGACUUUCAUUACAUGGAAUCUUUCUUUUUGACAUAUAUAGUCAAUAAGUCAGUAUACAGCUUGAGAAAAGAGUCAUUUUGGAACAUUGGUUACAUUAAUGUUAAUUUCUGCAGUGCAGCUAUUGUCAGAUAUAGCAGAUUAUUUAAUAAAUGUAUUUUAAGGAAAGUGUUACAUAUUCCAUAUAAAAUUCUACUGUAUUAUUUUUCUAGAUGUAUUCUUAAAGUAAUAAAUAUUGUUGUUUAA